GCUGUGACUCUAGGAAGCAUCAUAGGGUCACUUUUUCCUUUCAUCAUCUGUGUGGGUGCCACCAUAUGUUGCUGUGUGGCACCUUGUUGCUGUAUCCACAAGUGUAUAAAAGGAUGCAACCGAAGAAGGACGCAUACUUCUCCUGUUGCGAUGGCCACUAUCACACCUGCCAACAUACCCCAGUUGCCCCAGCAGCCAUUCUUACCUAUCGGAUAUCAACCGUCCUACCCGGGCCAUUCUAUACCUGUGUAUGAAGGCCCGUCCGCACCCAUAGAACCACCACCAUCAUACAUGGAAUCUGAGGCUCAGGCUCACUCUCCAGGUGUGUUCGCUCAUGGACAGCCGACGUACCCCUUUCAACUCCAUCCUUACACAUCACCACCAUAUUCAGAUGAGCUCGACCAGCCUCCUUACAACCCUUCUUAUGACUGA